AUGCCUGAGUCUCAAAGCACACCCAUCGACUCGUUUCUUCUCACCGCUGUAGGGAGGUGGACCGAGGACAAGUCCAUCUCGGGUCACAACGCGACGAAGUCCGCACCACAAACGCCACACCGGACCGCAAGCGGAGAACCAUACAUGCAUGGCACCACGGAAGGCAACUGGGUGCCUCCAAAACCGACAUACCGAACCGGCGAAUGGAAGCAACAGCCUCAGGAGCAGGCAAGGCAGAUCGAGGCCCUGCACCAGCGAUACCGAGACAAAUCGCCCCAGCGGCUGGCGCAAGAUCAUUCUCUGGCGAUGCGAGAGGUCCGGUUCUGGCAUCCUGCAUUGGGGCAGGGAACGUCCAGGCGACGAGGCAAUCCUUAUGGGGCGGAAUGGGUUCUCGGCCAGGCGAGGAUAGAAGAGCAUUAG